ACGAACAAAAUCACUUGUCCUUUGAUAGUAGUGCGACAUUUCUAACGGUUGAUUUUUUUACAAUGAAACUGUUUGUUUCAUUAUUAUGUAUCCAUAUUGCAGUUGCACUACUUGCACUAAGGAAUGAAUCUGCUUUGCCUAUUGUUUUGUGGCAUGGACUGGGAGACACAUGCUGCCUUCCCAUCAGUACGGGGGUCCUAAGACUUUUCCUGUACGGAAAAAUAAAGAACAUACACGUCAUAUCCAUAGACACCAGCUCCGACAGCAUAAUAUCCUUGCAGGAUAGCUACUUCCUGAACCCUAACCAGCAGGUGGACUAUGCUUGUGUGGUCCUGAGAGAAGAUAAGAAUUUGAGAAACGGUUUCAAUGUCAUUGGGCUUGGGCAAGGCAGUUUGUUUCUACGAGCUGUAAUUCAACGCUGUGGCCACAAGCUGCCGCCGAUCAAGAACUACAUUUCCUUCGGAGGCCCGCAGCAGGGGAUAUCAGGCCUCCCCUACUGCACUGCGGUGUCUCACCAAACUUGCAGCUCUAUGCGGGAGCUCCUCGAAUUCGCACCGUAUCACUACAUGACCCAGCACGCCAUUUUACCAGCGACAUACUGGCACGACCCUCUUCGAAACGAGGACUAUAAGAAGAGAAGCACAUUCCUCUCCGAUAUUAAUAAUGAGGAGGUCAUCAAUGAAUUGUACAGGUCGAACCUCAAACAGCUGCAGCGCUUCAUAAUGGUGAAGUUUAAGAACGAAAGUGUGAUUCAACCUCCAGAGUCGGCGUGGUUCGGAUAUUACACACCGGGACAGAAGAAGGAGUUGCAGACGCUACAACAGUCUAGCAUUUAUCUGGAGGAUCGUCUAGGACUUCAAGAAAUGGAUAAAGCCGGCAAGCUCAUUUUCCUAACCCACCCCAACCAACAUCUUGAAUUCGACGAGCUAUGGUUGCUUGAAAACAUAGUGCCAUAUCUCGUUGAUAAGCGAAAUAAUGGAACUUCUGCCGAUGUAUUAAUUAAUAUCAAAAUUGAUACCAAUUGAAGCCUAAAUGAGCACAAAUCGGAGCUGGUAAUGAGUAAUCUGUGGUGAGAUUGACAAUUUAAUUUAUCUGGAAUAAGAUAAGCUUCUUAAUGAAUCAGUUUAAUUAGCUAUUAAAAAGAGUUGAAUAAUGUAUGGUUAA